AUGUCAUUUUCACCGAUACUACAUCAAGUUUGUACUAGUGAUUUCAUCAAAGAUUCCUGGAUAGCACUGCUUACAGCUAUUACCUCUCAAAAUACACCUCUUGACUGGAGUGGUAAUAUUGUCUCACAAUUUCAACUAUUGUCAGUUUUAUGUGAACUAGCUAAUGUGACGAUCGAUGAUGCUGUCCGUCGCUUUCUUGAACGACCAUUUGUCAGUUUACAAGUGGUCCCAAAGAUCAGCUUUGAUGAUCAAUUAGCUGCAGCUAUUAAUCAAUGUAUUGAAUCGACCAUCAUAUAUUUUGGCCUUCUCAUUGAUAUAAUACAUCUUUUUACACAAGUCGAUCAACCUUACACCGGAGUUAGCUCUCCAGGCUUGGUUCCGAAUUUCAAUGCAAAAUUAAUUAAAAAUUAUUUGACAAAUGAGAGCAGCAAUCAACAAUCAGCGUCGGUAUGUCUUUAUCAGCAAGAUAUAUAAAUUAGACAUGCACCAGUACCAGUAACUGGGUACCCAGUCCGACUGGUACCCAGUUAUGACUGGGUACCCAGUCGCGACUGGGUACUUAGGUAUUUUAUCUUGACUUCGCUAAUCGGACAGUAUUUUCCUAUUUUCUAAUAUAUUGGAGUACAGUCAUUCUAGGCGUGCACCAAAUCCGAAGCCUGCCCACUCAAAACGCUGGAUUUGACAGUAUUGUACUAGGGUUGGGCUUGAGUUUGACACGAUUCGACUCGAUUAGGUACAUCCUUACCAGAAUAGAAGAAAAUAAUACUCAAUUGAUGGGACAAAGGUAGGAUGACUAGGUACCCAGUCGGACUGGUACCCAGUUCACCAGUUACAACUGGGACUGGUGCAUAUAUAAUAUAAAUUUCUUUUUUCAAAAUAUGGAUAAAAUCAUAAUAGUUAUAUUACGCAUUCACUCAAAUAAAUUGUAAAUGAAUAUUUCUGCACACAAUAUUUCACGAGAAAUUUCUUUUUGUGAAGAUAGAACUCGCACUAUAUUUAUUGCUGAACCAGUGAAAAUCGAAUUAAUAUUGAUUCUUCUUUUGUACACCCAAUAUACUUCUACCGUGAUAAUUCAAAUAAGGUACUUUCAGAAAUCAAUAGAUUAUAAAAAUCCAGAAUGUAACGAGUUCUGAUA